UCUCUCUGGUCUUUACUCUUUACUCGAAUAGUCUCCAGCUGCUCUCUCUCCCCUUCACACAGAGGUUGCUGGCUCCAACAAUGGCUUCCGCCAAGCUUGAUAAUCGGGGUUCCUUUGGAUCAAAGAGGUCUCGCCAUGAGGAUUCACGAGAUGGUGGAGAUUGGACUUGUACACAGUGUGGGAAUGUUAACUUUGCAUUCAGGAUUGUUUGUAACCGUGGAAAGUGUGGUGCUCCCCGACCAUCAGCUUCUCCGCAGAGAAGGGACUCGCUCCCAAUGCACGAGCACUUCAAUUAUCCUGCUCCCUAUUAUGUUGGAGGUGUUGGAGCUCCUCCAGUUUCACACGUGCCACCUGUCAUGCCAAACUCGUAUGGGCCACCAUUUUCACUCUCUGGAAUGCGUUAUGACAUUAGAGCACAUGGCAAUGCACCUGGACCCUAUGGUCAUCUAUCUGCAUACCCACCUAGACCCAUUGGAGGCAUGGGAUAUGGUCCAGCACAUGCUAUGGAUGAAUAUGGUUACGGGUUUCAAGGAUCUCCUAUGCCAGGGCAAUGGUCUGGUGGAAGUAUGGCUGAUAACAGUGCCUUGCGGAAACGUCGUGGAGGCCCAGAUGGGCUUUCUGAAGGGGAUUGGAUCUGCCCUGAAUGUGAAAAUGUUAAUUUUGCCUUCAGAACUACAUGCAACAUGAAAAAGUGUGGGGCUCCGAGACCCUCUUCUGGUCCAGCAUCAGGUGUACCACAAGGCAGCUGGACGUGUAGCAAAUGUGAGAAUAUCAAUUACCCUUUUCAAACAGUUUGCAAUCGUAAGGGUUGUGGGAACGGAAAACCAGAUUCGGAAACUAGUUGAAAUCCAACAUUUAAUACCCUAAACAUGAUGUUAUAUUAAUCAAGCGGAGGGCAGUAAAAUUUAAUGAGAGGACCAGGAGCAAGUGUUGAUGGAUCAUUUAGAGAGUAGUUGAUAUAAUAUCUUUCUCGGCUGUUUUUUGUUUCUAUACCAAACAUCAGAGAAUCCUUUGCAGCAGAACCCCGGAAACUGCUCAGCUGCCAUUUGUCGCUCUGAACUUUGAACUGCAGCCUGAAGGUAUUUGUUGAGCUUUAGCUCGUUUCUCCGUCCAAUUACAUCCAGGAAAGAAUGUGAACCUGAAUUCUUUGUUCCUUCUUUAUGAUAUCGAGUUACCUAGUACGUUCUCUAUCAAAGCUGUACGAAAUCUUCAUCUUUUUGAUGAUUAUUUGUGUUUUCUCUGUGUAAAUUACCUCGGAACAUUUAAGUAAAGCUGCAUUAAGAAGAAGAGAGCCUGAGAUCCUAUCAUUUAAACUGUAACUCAACAAAUUUCUUGAAGAGAGGCAGUUUGUAUUUUUGUGGCUUCAUUUUGUGAAGAUUGAACAGCUGGCUAUUCCUUUCUAAGGAGUCAGCUGUCUGGGCGAGUCAAUUAUAAAAAACAGUUCCCUGGUA